AUGCGGGCCCUGCCGGGUGCGCGAUGGAAGGUCACCUGCGCAGUCUGCGCCGUGUUGUGUAUAGCCAGAGACCAGUGCUGGCGACUCGCCGCCUCGACCUCGGCGCUUUCCUUCUCCUGCCGCGGCGCGCCCUCGGGCGCGCCCCGGGCGCCUCGGCCGCAGCGACGGCGGCCUCGCGGGCGACGGCCCAAGGGCAGGCAGACUUCGGCAGCACCGAACUCGGCGGCGGAGGCACGGAGGUGCGCCCCACCGGCCCCGGCGUUCAUUCCAGGACUCGUGCGGCCAGAGGCCAUUGAUGUUGGAGAGCUGAACGCAUCAGGAGACCUGGUCCUGGUGGAUAAAACAUCAGACUUGGAGGCGGUGGUGCGCUGGAUCUCCGGAGGCGGUAGUGCCCUGGUGGUGGAUCAUUGGCGUGACUUGGAAAGAUGCCGGGCUGCCGUCCUGAAACCACUGAGGCGAAGUCCUGCGAACGCGCAGGAGGCAGAAAGAUGUCGCACUCUGAAAAAGACGCUUUCGGAUCGAUUGCUGGGUCCGGUGGCAGAUGGCCGGAUUGAUCUUCAGGGUGCUCCGCGUGCGGACUUCUUGCUGACGCUGUACGGUGACCUUUUCGGGAGCGGUCGGCGAUUCGCGCUGCCAUCGGGUGUACUCAUGGGCCUAGGCAAUGCCUGGCAGUACUUCGAGGGCGGCGUGCGAUUUUCGUUCCUUGCGCCACCGGUCUUGUCCCAGCCACUCCGGCCCUUCUAUGGUGUUUAUGCAUAUCCGCACCCUGUGACGCAUUUCGAGAUGUUGAUCGAAUGGCUGCAGAACUGCAGCCGCUUGGGCCCACAACGAGCGCCGCAAUGGGCGCUGGACCUUGGUACAGGCUGUGGUGUGGUGGCCUUGCUGCUACGGCAGAUUGCCCGCAUUCCACACGUCGUUGCUACAGACAUCAGCCCCAACGCCGUCUACGGAGCCCAAGAAGAGAUGAAGCGCCAGGACCAGGACAUCGAGGUAGUCUACUCGGACCUCUUUGAAGGCUUAGGGGGGCGGAGAUUUGAUGUGGUGGUCUUCAACCCACCCUGGCUGCCGCUUCCCAAGCCCUCAGCCAGUGAGCCGCCCAGGACGGUCCUGGACUUAGGCAACUUCUACUCCCCCGAUCUCUUUGAGCGCUUCUUUGACAACUUGCACCACGUGCUGAAUCCGGGGGGCCGAGCCGUGGUCCUCUUCUCCAACCACGCCACCAGCAGAGGCUACGUGGACAAGCAUCCCUUUGAGACCGCGCUCGGGCGCGGCGCGAGCGCGCGCUCCGCGCGCUCGAAGCAUCUCCAGGUGGAGAAGGUCCCUUGCUUAGCCUUCUUUUUGGGUUUCCUUAUUUGUAGGAGGAAUAAGAAAGUUUAA